AUGCUGCGGUACCUGCUGAAGACGCUGCUGCAGAUGAACCUGUUCGCCGACUCGCUGGGGACAGAGGGCUCCAACUCCUCCCAGCUCCUGCUCAGCACCAACCAAACCAUCGGGCUCCCACUCGGCAACGGCUCCCACCCCCAGCUGGAGGACACCCCCCCCCGCAUCGUCCAGCACCCCACGGACCUCCUGGUCUCCAAGGGGGACCCGGCCACCCUGAUCUGCCGAGCCGAAGGGCGCCCGGCGCCGGCUGUCGAGUGGUACCGGGAUGGGGAGCGGGUGGAGACGGACCGUGAGGACCCCCGUUCACACCGCACGCUCCUCCCGGGGGGGUCCCUGUUCUUCCUGCGCACCCUCCCCGCCCGCCGCGGGAAGCCCGACGAGGGGGUCUACGUCUGCGUGGCCAGGAACUACCUGGGGGAGGCCACCAGCAGGAAUGCGUCCCUGGAGGUGGCCGUGCUGCGGGACGAUUUCCGGCAGCCCCCCGUGGAUGUGGUGGUGGCCGCGGGCGAACCCGCCGUCCUGGAGUGUGUCCCCCCCCGCGGCCACCCCGAGCCCAGCGUCUCCUGGAAGAAGGACGGCGCCCGUCUCAGCGACAAGGACAAGCGCCUGACGAUCCGCGGUGGGAAGCUGAUGGUGACCAGCGCCCGCAAGAGUGAUGCCGGCAUCUACGUCUGUGUGGCCACCAAUGUGGUGGGCGAGCGGGACAGUGAGCCCGCCGAGCUGGUGGUGUUCGAGCGACCGGUGUUUGGCAAGAGGCCGCAGAACCAGGCGGUGCUGGUGGAGGGGACGGCGGAGUUUCCCUGCGAGGCACUGGGGGACCCACGGCCAGUGGCACGGUGGCGCAAGGAGGAGGGGGAGAUGCCACCGGGAAGGUGGGAGGUGCUGCCUGACAACACGCUGCGGAUCCGGCGGCUGCAGGUGGAGGAUGAGGGCACCUACACCUGCAUGGCAGACAACAGCGUGGGCAGGGCAGAGGCGUCCGGCACCCUCACAGUGCACGUGCCACCCCAGCUUGUCACCAGCCCCCGCGACCAGACUGUCAACCCCGGGCAGAGUGUGACCUUCCAGUGCCAGAGCAAGGGCAACCCGCCACCCGCUGUCUUCUGGCAGAAGGAGGGCAGCCAGACUCUGCUGUUCCCGGCCCAGCCCCCUCACGCCACCGCCCGUGUUUCGGUGAGCCCAGCUGGCGCCAUCACCAUCACCGCCGUGCAAGCCAGUGACGCUGGCCACUACCUGUGCCAGGCCAUCAGCGUGGCUGGCAGCGUCCUGGCCAGGGCGCGCCUGCAGGUGACAGGGGCGCUGGUUGAGCACCCACCGCUGGCAUCCCCAGGUCCCGCUAACCGCACGGUGCUGCUGGUGGGUGCCACGGUGUGGUUGCCGUGCCGGGUCGGGGGUGGAGACCCCCCAGCCAGCGUGGGGUGGCUGAAGGACGGGAAUGCCCUGGUGGGUGCCCAGCCCCGUGCCAGCCUGCUGGAGAACGGCACCCUGCAGAUCACCGGGCUCCGGGUGACCGACUCUGGGCACUACGAGUGUGUGGCCACCAGCUCGGUGGGUGAGACGCGCUGGGGCGGCUCCCUGGAGGUGCAAGAGGAAGGAUCCAGCCUCUCCCCGCCACUCCCCCAUUCCAGUGUCCUCCCCAGGCCACCCUCCACCCCCGUGGUCACCAACAUCACCCAGACCAGCGUCACCUUGAGCUGGCAAGGAAACGAGGACAGCAAUGGCACCGAUGUCACCUCCUACAUUGUGGAGGCUUUUAGCCAGGUGGCAGGUGGCCCGUGGCAGACGGUGGCAACUGAUGUGAAGGGUGACAGCCACACGGUGAGCGGCCUUGUCCCCGACACCAUCUACCUCUUCUUGGUCCGGGCGGUCAACGCUCAUGGGCUCAGCGACCCCAGCGGCACCUCGGAGCCCGUGCGCACCCAAGGUGAGACCUGCCCCACGUCACUGGGGCCGGACCCCCAGGAGGUGCAGCGAGACCUGGCACGAGUGGCCGUGCACCUCCAGGAGCCCGUGGUGCUGCCAGCGGGUGCCGUCCGCCUCUCCUGGACCGUGGAUCGGCCACCGCCCUUCCUGCAGGGCUACCGGGUGCUGUUCCGGUGGCGCGGCGGGCGCUGGGAGGAGGCGCGGGCGGCGCCGGGGGAGCGGGGGCUCCUACUCACCCACCUGCGCCGCGGCCAGGACUACGAGGUCAAGGUCAGGCCCUUCUUCCAGCAGCUCUACGGCCCCGACAGCGCCGUGCGCGCCCUGCGCACCCCCGAGGCGGCCCCCAGUGCCCCACCACGAGCCGUCAGCGUGGCCGGGAACGGCACCAGCGUUCGCAUCUCGUGGCAGCCGCCGCCGCCAGCGGAGCAGAACGGCGUCAUCCGUGACUACCAGAUCUGGUGCCUGGGCAAUGAGAGCCGCUUCCACAUCAACCAGAGUGUGGAAGGGACGGUCCUGGCGACGGUGCUGCGGGGUCUGGUUCCCGGUGUCCCUUACCAUGCGGAGGUCGCUGCCGCCACCAGCGCUGGCGUGGGCGCCCGCAGUGUCCCCAUCCCCAUCCGCAUCGCCCCCCCGGUUGAGCGUGACAUGGGGACAGCAGGUGGCACCAGCGUGGCCGAGCGCGUGGCAGCAGUGGCGCGGCAGCCGGCCUUCAUCGCUGGCGUGGGCGGCGCGUGCUGGGUCAUCCUCGCCGCCUUGGCCGCCUGGCUCUACGGCCGCCGCCGCAGGAAGAAGGAACUGAGUCACUUUGCUGCCUCCUUCGCCUACACGCCCGCUGGAAAGCAGAUGGGCACCGCGGGGUGCCGGCGCGGCCCCUCGUCCUCGCCUCUUUCUGCAGUCGCCUUCCCAGCACGUGGCAGCCCCAGGUAACCCCCUCUGGACCCCCCAAAACCCCUGGAACCCCAACACCUUCCCCCAUCACCCCGUCACCUCUCUCCUCACAGGGCGGCCGCCGGCGGGGGUCACCCGUGGCUGGCGGACACGUGGCGUGGUGGCAGCACAGCCGGUGCCUUGGGGACCACAGAGCGAUACUACAAUGCUGCCGGCAUCACCCGGUACAUCACCCAGAUGGAGCAGUUUGGCGCGGGGGCUGGCGAGGGGCCAGUGUACAGCACUGUGGAGGGGGUUGGUGACGAGCUCCGCACCUUUCCCCGGCCCUUCUCCCAGCAUGGGACCCCUUACAUCGGGGGAGGACCCCAGCCGGCCAACGGGAAGAUGCGGGGACACCCAGUGAACCCCCCCGUGGUGACCUGGACGGAGCUGCUGCCCCCGCCGCCCUCGGCCAGCGAGCUCAGCCACUGCGCCCAGGAGGAGGAGGAGGAGGAUGAAGAGGAAGAUGCAGCCGGAGGGUUGGGGACAGAGGAGUGGUACCCCAGUGAGAACAUCCCCUGUGUCACCAUCGCAUCUUCACCCACCUCCUCCACCGCCACGCUGACGCCGUCACCCCACACCGCCGAGGAUGCCCCCCACCUGCGUGACCUCCAGAGCCCCUGCCUGCCCCGGCCCUCCCGCCACGGCACCCGCACCCCACCACAGGCACCCAGCACCCCACCGAGUCCUGAUGCUACCGAGGGCCACCAGCCCCGACCCCGCUGCCCCGCUGGCACAGGGAAAACCCGCAGGGAGACCCCGAAAAGUCACCCGAAAGCCAAAUGCAGGAACUACCGCUGGGAAAAGCAGCCAGGAGACCUGCCGCCACCACCACUGCCACCGCCGGGUGACACCCCCGGCCCCUCGCCAGAGCACAAGGUCGCUCAUCACCCUCCCUGUGGUGACGAGGUUGUCCCCUACAAAGCCCCCUGCAUGCCCCGGGGACACGUGUCUGGCAGCUGCUCCACCACGGGCAGCGUCUCGUCCCGCGGCUCCACCAGCUCCCGCGGCCACGGCUCGGGGCGCAGCCGGACACGGGGGGACCGCGGUGAAGGGACCAGCCACCGUCACCGUCCCCCGUGUCCCUGCCCAGGGCAGGAGAAGCGAUGAAGCAGAGGAAGAGUCAGUGGCGGGGUUGGGGACAUAGGG